AUGGACAAAGAAGAAGAUGCAGCAGUUCACUCAGCGAAACGUCAUUGUGGACAUGGGGGUCGAAAUGCGGCUGAGGCAGCGCCUUAUGAAAGCAACACGCAAGAUAUGUGCAGGCUGGGAUCAUCCGCACAGAAAGAGAAAAAGUGCAAGCAACUGUCAAAAGAAAGCAGCGAGUUGAAACCAGUGUCAUGCAAGCGCUCUGCGAAAUCGCUCAUUUACGUGGCGUUCAAUCGCGAGCAUUCGAUUUUCGAAGUGACAAAGAAGCGUAAAAACUAUCUGAAAAUCAUGGGAGUUCCUUUGAGAAGCGGCGGACAUGUGCUGUUUCCAGAAGAAGUCCUAUAUCUCAUGGAGCACUGGAUGGUGUAUGCCACUGAUGAAGGACGUCCACUUACGCUUUAUGAUGGGAUUCGUAUCCUCGGUGAAACCGGAAUACCAUUUCACAAAUAUCGUGCCUAUUCAGCGCUUCGUAAGGCAGGGUUUGCCGUUCUACGCCCGAACGAGAAAUGGACUGCUCUUCCGAGUAUGUUUACCGUACUGUUAGAAAGAGUUACAAAAAAUGCGCUAACAAUACAAAUCCUUGUCGUCCAAGGGUAUGCGAUGGAAUUGACGUGUCCGGUAGGGCUGUCUCGCAUGGACUCCCGGCAGCACUUGCAUUGGUGGAUAAUGCGGACUGGUGGUCAAGCGGCACGUGCUCUAAGAAGAAAAGGUAAUAAUCCUGAUAGCAUAUAUGGUAACAAGGAGAAAAGAGGUCCAUAUACUGCUUUCUCUGAAACAAGCGCUGAAUUGAAACAAGCGCUCAAUCCCGUGACCGUAACGCCUUUGCGAGGCUCUCGAAGGAUGCUGCGUCCUGCAUACUGGCCAGAUUUCCAGCCUAUAACAAGUUCCGUAUCAUCAUGGAAGGAAUAUUCUAGCAAGCGAAGAACUUCUAUAAAGUCGGCAAAAAGUGCUGCUCGAGACCGUCGAAAUGCGUAUCCACAAAAUGCUCGGAGUGAGUAUGACUUCGAAGUAUUCCUCGCGGAUCGAUUCGUGCACAGUGUGCCUGAAAGUCCUGCUUUUCGAGUCACGUGCUUUGAUUCUCGUCGAGGCGCUCUGAGUUGUGCGUAUGCCCACCGAUUUGCCGAUGAUAUUCCGCUGAUAUUAUCGAUAUUUGACUGUGGAUAUAUCUGCUUCAUUGAAACUAGUGGAAAGUCGAUUGAUCUGAAUCGGUACCUUGAAAAUCUUCAUAAAGAAUCGCAAUGA